UUCAGAAUCCGAAAGAUUUACCAACACUACUCAAUCGAAGCUAUCACAAAUAUUUCAUUUUAAUUCUUCCGUUUUUGUUUAACAAAAUAUACCCUGGAAAGGAACGUCGACUGGCCAGCAGCCGACCCAGCAUUAGAACGACCACAAAAUUAAGUUCAGUCAUGGGCACGUCACCAGUCUUUCUAAUUUGUUUAUGUCUGCUCUCCAGUAUCUGCUACGUGUCGGUGUCGGCCGACGAGCACAAUCAUAAGUAUAAUGAUAGAGAAGAAGUUGUACUAUGGAUGAACACGGUCGGUCCCUAUCACAAUCGCCAGGAGACGUAUGCGUAUUUCUCGCUGCCCUUCUGCAGUGGUGCCAAGUCGAGUAUAUCUCAUUACCAUGAAACUCUAAGCGAGGCUCUGCAGGGCGUUGAGCUGGAGUUUAGCGGUUAUGAAAUGGAGUUCAAAACAGAUGUUCAGCGCACGGUCAUUUGCAUGGUUAAACUAACCGAGGAGAAUGUCAAAGCAUUUAAAUAUGCCGUAAUGAAUGAAUACUGGUAUCAGAUGUAUAUCGAUGGCUUGCCCAUAUGGGGAAAGGUGGGCGAACGUGAUGAAAACGAUGGCAAAUAUUAUAUACACACGCACAAGAAAUUCGAUAUUGGCUAUAAUGGCCAGCAAAUCGUGGACAUCACACUGACAACGGAAAUGCGGGAAGAAUUGAAGACAGAUGCUAAAAUCAAAUUCUCCUAUGAAGUCAAUUGGAAACCUAGCAAAAUUGAGUUCAAGAAUCGCUUCGACAAGUAUCUGGAUCCAAACUUUUUCCAGCACAGGAUACAUUGGUUUAGCAUCUUCAAUAGCUUCAUGAUGGUCAUAUUCUUGGUGGGUUUGGUUUCCAUGAUAUUGAUGCGCACCCUGCGAAAGGAUUAUGCACGGUACAGUAAGGAUGAGGAGGUAGAUGAUAUGGAACGUGACCUGGGCGAUGAAUAUGGCUGGAAACAGGUGCAUGGCGAUGUAUUCCGGUCGCCACCUCAUGCUCUACUCUUCUCGGCCCUCGUUGGUGCCGGCUACCAGCUAAUCUCGGUUGUCUUUUGUGUGAUAAUGUUUGCCAUCGUUGGUGAACUGUAUACGGAACGUGGCUCGAUGCUCUCAACUGCUAUUUUUGUUUAUGCGGCAACGUCACCUAUUAAUGGCUAUUUUGGUGGCUCGCUUUACGCUCGGCUGGGCGGUCGUUUGUGGAUACGUCAGAUGCUCGCCUCGGCUUUCACUGUGCCCGUCGCUGUAUGUGGUACUGCGUUCUUCAUCAACUUUAUUGCGAUCGGCUACCAUGCAUCGCGAGCCAUACCCUUUGGCACAAUGGUGGCAGUCACCUGCAUUUGCCUGUUCGUCAUAUUGCCACUGACUCUCGUGGGCACAGUGGUGGGCCGGAAUUUGGAUGGCCAGCCAGAUUUCCCCUGUCGCGUCAAUGCUGUACCCAGGCCCAUACCAGAGAAGAAAUGGUACAUGGAACCAUUCAUUAUCGUGCUGCUGGGCGGCGUGUUACCAUUUGGUUCCAUUUUCAUUGAAAUGUACUUCAUCUUCACCUCAUUCUGGGCGUACAAAAUCUAUUAUGUCUAUGGCUUUAUGUUGCUCGUCUUUACCAUUUUGACCGUGGUCACCGUCUGUGUUACCAUUGUGUGCACCUAUUUUCUGCUGAAUGCCGAGGAUUAUCGGUGGCAGUGGACGAGCUUUAUGGCCGCUGGCUCCACGUCGAUUUACGUCUACGCAUAUUCAUUUUAUUACUUCUUCUUUAAGACCAAAAUGUUCGGCUUAUUCCAGACGGCGUUCUAUUUUGGCUAUAUGGCACUCUUCAGUGGCGCUUUGGGCAUCAUUUGUGGCACCGUCGGCUAUGUCGGCACGAAUUUCUUUGUGCGUAAAAUCUAUUCCAAUGUGAAAAUAGACUAAAAUUGUGCGGCUGUAGAUUUCAAUCCAAACCAUUUACAACUGUAUUUAUUAUGUAGUCCUUUAGUUGACCCCUGCCUUUUGUGUUUAUAUGCAUAUAUAUAUACAUUCAUUUUGCUCUUUA